CCAGUGUUGUUCCUUCAUGGAAACACAGGCUUUAACUGAAAUUCUCUGCCUGUUUUCUUUUACUUGUUCCCUUUCGUAUGAUAUAAAAGUAAGUGGCAAAAUUAAACCCUGGAAUAUAUAGUUUCUCUUUCUGGGAUUAAAAGAAGAAGGAUGGGAGAUAGAGAAGAAUUUGGUUAUGAUGCUAUUGUUAUAGGUUCUGGAUAUGGCGGCUCUGUUGCUGCCUGUCGAUUGUCCCGGGCAGGAAUAAAGGUCUGUUUAUUAGAGAAAGGCCGAAGAUGGAAAGCUGAGGAUUUCCCAACUGAUGCUUUGAAGAUGAUGUCAGCUGUGAGGAUGGAGAAUCAGAAUUUAGGCAUCAGUUUUGGCCCAAAACAUGCUUUGUUCCAGGUAUAUGAACAAAAUGAUUCUCUAGCUGCAGUAGCGUGUGGGCUAGGUGGUGGGUCGCUAGUCAAUGCAGGAGUAAUGCUGCCAACCCCAGUUCGUGCUAGAAGGAAUCCAAAAUGGCCAAAGGAGUGGGAGAAGAAUUGGGACAUUUGUGAAGCUUCCGCUGCAGCGAUGCUGAGAAUACAAAGUGUUCCCGUCAAGUUUCCAAAUGCCAAAGUAAUGAGGGAAAUAUUUGAAGGAGAGACUGAAGAAACUGUAGACAACUUAAUGAAUCUCAGUAUAAAUUUCGAUGUUGAAGAACCUCCGUCAAAUUCAUUGAAGCUUCAACAGACGAGUAGCUGCUUGGCAUGUGGAAAUUGCAUUGCUGGGUGUCCUUACAAUGCCAAAAAUUCUACAGAUAAAAAUUAUAUUCUUUCAGCAGUCCAGGCAGGAUGUACUGUAAGAACUGAGUGUCAAGUUCAGUAUGUGACGGAGAACAUGCAUGAAGUUUUCCAACAAGAAAUCAGUAGAAAAAGAAGAUGGCGUGUUUACUUAAAUGAGAUUGACUAUGUAACCUCUGAUUUCGUAAUCCUAUCAGCGGGAGUUUUUGGUACAACUGAGAUACUUUUCCGGUCACAAAUGAGAGGGCUGAGGCUUUCAAAAGCUCUUGGUUCUGGAUUCAGCUGUAAUGGGAAUACAGUUGCUUAUCUUGCUGGAAGCACUGCACCCUUGAGUGGUUAUGGAUUAGACAGAAAACAAAUGUCAACGAUUCCUUUUCAAGAACGGCCAGGGCCAUCCAUCUCAUCAGCAUUCACUUCUUCAUUGGGCUUCACCAUCCAGAGUGCAGUACUUCCAAGGGCUUAUCCUUACCUGCUGUUUAAAGGGAUUGUGAGUUAUGGCUGGCCAACAGGUUACUGGUUCUUUCAUGGGAUUAUUGACAAGCUGAAGCAUAUCACAGGUCUUAAAUCAACUCAAGCAAUUGUCCUUAAUGCAAUGGGAUAUGAUGAAAGUGAUGGGAAUAUCGUGUUAGACAAAAACAUGGACAAAAUCUGCUUUACUCCACCUCACGAUCCUUUGCUCCCACAAAAAAUUGAAGCCUAUCAAAAGUUAACCAAGAAAUUGGGAGGAUUCCUCUUUAUACCUAGGUACAGGAGUACAGCAGUUCAUCUUUUAGGUGGAUGCAAUGCGUCAUCAGAUUCUUUAGGUGGGGUUUGUAACCAUAAUGGUCAGGUUUUUGACCCAAAAACUCCUACCUCUGUGUAUCCAGGCCUUUAUGUUUGCGAUGCUUCUUUAAUCCCAUGUUCCGUUGGAUUGAACCCGUGUCUUACUAUUGCAACAGCAGCUGAGCAUGUAAGUAGGCACCUUGUCCAGAAUGCUCUUGACUACAAGGGCAAAAGAGAUAAAAACUUCGACAUUUUAACUGUUGAUCGAAACUCAGGUUUAGUUGCUGAUAAAAAUUCAGAUAUUGACCACAAUUCAAUUGUUCUGUUCAACGAAACUCUGAGGGGCUAUGUGGGUGGUAUGCCAUGUGCAGCUUAUCUCAAAAUUAAAAUGAAUUCUCAGAAUAAGCAAGGGUUUGAUGAACAUAAUUCAGUUAUCAGAGGAUUUCAUCCUUUUUUGAGGGGAAAAGUUGGUGGGUAUGUGGUUUUUAGAGCCAUCGAGAAGGAUAAAAUACACAUCAUAGAUGGUGAAGUGGAUAUGUGUGUGGUGGACUGCAGAACUCCUUACACACAGUAUAUGCACUAUCGUCUUCACCUUGUGGCUUCUUCUGGUUCAAAAUAUAUUCUUGAGGGAAAGAAGAUAAUGAAUUCAUAUCUCUUUGCGUCAUAUGCUUGGAAAGAGACAACAACACUGCAUGUAACAUUUAAAAAAGUUGCUGUGAACAGUACUAGGGAGAUGAAGGUGGAUUUAAAAGGAGAGCUUAGAGUUUCCUUGGUGGAGCUUCUGAAGAGCUUCCUGAGCCUUAAAGGAAAAGGUUCAGGAAGGUUUGUAUAUAGUCUUCUCCAGACUUUGCUAAGCACCUAUGUCUUACAAAUACCACGAGGGAUUCACAAGGGCUUCAUUCCCAAUGAUUCCUGCAAUAAACCUUAUCCAAGCAGCACACUCCAUAAAAUAAAAACAGAAGAUGGACAUUUCAUCAGUUGCAGGCAAUGGAAAUGCAUUCAAAAUCCAAGGGGGCUUAAAGGAGAAAAACAAUUAAAUCCUGUUCUCCUUCUCAAUGGUUAUGUCACUGAAAGUUACUGGCUGCCAACAGAACCACAUGAUUUGAUCAGAACCUUAUUAGAAGAAGGGCACGAAACAUGGCUACUGCAACCAAGAUUGCACCCAAUGAAUCCGGCAAACAGCUUCACUAUUGAAGAUAUUGGCAAAUAUGAUAUCCCUGCAGCAAUUAAUAUGAUCCUUGAAUUACAUGGACUUGGUACAAAGAUACAUGUAAUUGCACAUUGUGUUGGAGGCUUAGCCAUUCAUAUAGCCCUCAUGGGAGGGCAUGUCUCUGCAGCCCAUAUAGCUUCUCUGUCUUGCACCAAUUCUUCUAUGUUCUUCAAGCUUAUUACACUAGCCAGAAUCAAAAUGUGGCUUCCUCUAGUCCCAGUAUCAAUGGCUAUACUAGGCAAAAAGAAUAUCCUCUCUGUGUUGGAAACAUCAAAAACAAGUUUUCGACAAUGGCUCUUGAAAUUCAUUGCCUGUUGCAUACCCAGAUACGAGAGAUGCACCAGCAAGGAAUGUCAGAUCAUUUCUGGAAUAUUUGGGAAUGCAUUCUGGCAUGAAAACUUGACCCCCAGCUUGCACCAAUGGUUGAAUGAAUAUAGCUCAACAAGGCUUCCCAUGGGAGCAUUUCCUCACCUCAGAAAAAUCUGCAACUCUGGAUUUAUUGUGGACAAGAACGGUAACAACUCAUAUUUAAUCCACCCAGAAAGGAUGGCAGUCUCUACGCUAUAUAUUUCAGGUGGGAGGGAACUCCUUGUGACUCCAGAGACAUCAUUUCUGGCUAACAAGUACAUGAAGCUGCACCAACCUAGUUUCAGACAUGAAAGGGUUGUUGUAGAGGGGUUUGGACAUUCAGAUUUAUUAACUGGAGAGAAAUCUAAUAAGAAGGUUUUUCCUCACAUCUUAUCUCAUAUAAGAGUAGCUGAACAAGAACAAAACGGUGUGAUAAGCUUUAAGGGAAAGAAGUACAGCAAAGAGGCAUUAGACUGGGGUGAUGAUCCUUAUGAAGGAUGCAAAGGACUUGGAAGUUGGCUCUCUCCCAUGGCUAUUAUUUUGUUGGUCUUGUUCUUUUUGCUGCUGUUAUUUUCUUUAUUGAUGUGAUUUUUGAGUCUUGAAUAUUAAUGCAGACAUUAUGUCUGACAGAACAUAAUAGCGAAAAAGAUUCACAUAAUUGACUUGGAAUUAAAGCUGAAUUGUUAUUAUUGUGA